AUGACUGAGGUUCAAUGCUUUGUGCUAAUGUGUCUUGACAGCGGUUGGGAUCUUUAUACUGCCUCUGAUGCCCUUCCGCGGGCUCUUUUGGAUCCUGAGAUUGGUUCUUCAUACGCGGUCAAUGAAUCAGCCUGGCAGAAAGCCAUCGGAACAACCAAGGAACGGUGGAAUUGGCUCGAAGAAGGCACGACAGGCACACAGCUCAAGAAUGGCGGAUUUGGGGCGUACCCUGGACCUUUUGGGCCUAACGUGACUGCUGCCAUCCAAGAUGAGUCUCAAGGGGAGACCAUCCGUCGACCCGAGCUCGAUAUUUUCGGUCUUGCCAUGCUUGGUGGUGGCCGCGUGUUUGGAGUGGCCCAUCUGUUUGGGGGAUUCUGCCUUCAGCUGUCCAAGAUUUACCCAGACCUCAACUUUAUUGUGCAGGACCGCGCGCCUGCGCUUGCCCAGGCCCAAAGCACGAUUUGGCCGGUUGAAAAUCCUGAAGCCCUCAAAACAGGCCGCGUCAAGUUUCUUGAACACGACUUCUUCAACUCCAAUCCCGUUGUCGGUGCCGAUAUCUACUGGCUUCGGUAUAUCUUGCACGAUUGGUCAGAUGACUACUGUAUUCGGAUUCUGUCAGCCAUCAAAGAGGCUAUGAAGCCUAAUUCCCGAAUUCUCAUCUGUGACCAGGUCAUGAACACCACGGCUGGAUUUACAGGAAGUAUUCCUUCGGCGCCGGAGCCUCUUCCAGCAAACUACGGUUACUUCACCCGAUACAGCCAUCAACGAGAUAUUACCAUGAUGAGCAUCAUUAAUGGCAUUGAGAGAACGCCAGCUGAGUUCCAGGAUAUCAUCGAGCGCUCAGGGCUGGUGAUGAACCGGAUAUAUGAUUGUCGAAGUCAAGUAUCGUUGGUGGAGUGUGUGUUGCCCGGCGGGCAGACCACCAAAUAA